AUGCUUUCCAAAACUGUGCGAAUUCUUGAGAAAGAGUUUUACCAACCGCCAAACCGGCCGCGGUUCAUCAACGGUGGAGGAUACUUUUGCCGCUCAAUCCAACCUGUGCUGAUUGUGGGUCAAAUGUUUGGGCUACUACCGCUCGAUGGUGUGUGGUGUGGUCGUUGGUGGAGUAUCCAUUGGAGACUGCUAUCGUGGCGCAACCUGUACGCACUAUUCGUACAGCUGAGUGCACUCAUAAUGGCGUGCUUUUCCUUCGCCACCUUCUGGUAUAGUGGUGUUGAGUUUGCUAAAAUAAUGUCCUGGUGGUUCUUCACUCUAAACCUGCUAAUAUCAAUCAACUUUGCGGUACUUGCACGCAACUGGCCACAGCUUAUGUCCCGCUGGCCGAGACUGAGCGCUGCCUGCCGCAGAAAUGCACGACAGGUCGGGCUAGUGGCGACAGUUUUGCUCACCAGUGGACUAAUUGAACAUGUGCUUUCGAAGCCGGCUGGACUGCAUCGGGCCUACCGGUGUCCGAUCCCGAACCUGCUGGAAGCACACUACAAACAAGCGUUUCCGGAAAUGUUCUCCUUCGUGCCUUACAACCCAUACGUUGGCUUUUUAGCACAAACGAUCACGUCGCUGCUUACGGUGUACUGGAACUAUGUGGAUCUGUUCUUGAUAUCCGUCAGCGUCGGCCUCCGCACGAACUUGGCGCAGGUGAACGAUGUGAUCGCAAGCUCCGAAAAGCUGUACCAUCGAGGCAUCUUUUGGAAGGACCAAUGUACGCACUACCGGCGUGUACUAGGUUUGAUACGGCACGUGAACAAUCAUAUUGGCGUGUUUAUUGUCAUUUCUUAUGCGAGCAAUCUGUUCUUCAUCUGCGUCCAGCUAGUGAAUGUUUUCCAACAAAAUUCGUCUUUCAUCGUCACUUCGUAUUUCUGGUAUUCGCUGUUUCACCUUAUUGGGCGCAUUGUUGCCGUUUCCCUGUAUGGUUCUGCAAUCCAUGACGAGUACUGCCGGACACGCGCCCUGUUCUACAAUCUACCGGACGGGUACGGCUACACUGACGAGGUUCAGCGGUUCCAUCGACAGGUCGAGCAUGACUCGGUAGCAUUGAACGGCUAUGGCUUUUUCUAUUUAACGCGCAAACUCAUUCUGAAGAUCGCAGCUACAGUCGUAACGUACGAGUUGGUUUUGACGCAGGUUAACGAAGCGGAAGCCAAAAAUGGUGACGAUAAUCCUUGCACGUGAGCAGCCUACAAAACAGUGUGCCAGCGUGUCUAUGGGGUUUCCU